GUGCCGCGGCUCUGUCAACAUGGCAGCGGCGCUGGGCGGGCGGCCGCGCUGCCUCCUCUGGGCGGCAGUGGUUGCACAUGUCGUGGCCUCAGGUGCGGGUUUCGUGGAGGAUCUAGAUGAGUCGUUUAAAGAAAACCGUAAAGAUGAUAUUUGGCUUGUAGAUUUUUAUGCACCUUGGUGUGGCCACUGUAAGAAACUGGAGCCUGUGUGGAAUGAAGUGGGCAUAGAAAUGAGAAACAUGGGUUCUCCAGUAAAAGUUGGGAAGAUGGAUGCAACUUCCUUUUCUAGUAUUGCAUCUGAAUUUGGAGUGCGAGGCUAUCCAACCAUUAAGCUCUUGAAAGGUGAUUUGGCCUACAACUACAGAGGACCUAGAACCAAAGAUGAUAUAAUUGAAUUUGCUAAUAGAGUGGCAGGACCUCUCAUCAGGCCACUUCCUAGCCAGCAUAUGUUUGAGCAUGUGCAAAAGAGACAUCGUGUACUUUUUGUGUAUGUUGGUGGUGAAUCUCCUUUAAAGGAAAAAUACAUUGAGGUUGCUUCAGAACUAAUAGUUUAUACAUACUUUUUUUCUGCCUCAGAAGAUGUGCUGCCAGAGUAUGUGACAUUGCCUGAAUUACCUGCUGUGAUGGUCUUCAAAGAUGGAACUUACUUUGUUUAUGAUGAGUAUGAAGAUGGUGAUUUGUCAUCCUGGAUAAACCGAGAAAGAUUUCAAGGCUACCUUCAUGUCGAUGGCUUUACACUGUAUGAACUUGGAGAUACAGGAAAACUUGUGGCUAUUGCAGUCAUUGAUGAUAAAAACUCUUCAGUGGAACAUACCAGAUUAAAGUCUAUUAUUCAGGAAGUUGCCAGAGAUUAUCGGGAUCACUUUCACAGGGAUUUCCAGUUUGGCCAUAUGGAUGGAAAUGAUUACAUUAAUAGUUUAUUAAUGGAUGACUUGACAAUCCCUACUAUUGUUGUAUUGAAUACCUCCAAUCAGCAAUAUUUUCUACCACAUAGGCACAUUGAGAGCACAGAAGACAUGGUUCAAUUUAUUAACAAUAUCCUGGAUGGUACAGCUGAAGCACAGGGUGGUGAUGGACUUCUGCAACGAAUCAAGAGAAUAAUCUAUGAUGCCAAGUCUACUAUAGUGUCUGUGUUCAAGAGUUCACCACUGCUGGGAUGCUUUCUCUUUGGGUUACCCCUGGGGGUCAUCAGCAUCAUGUGUUAUGGAAUCUGCACAGCUGAUACAGAGGGAGAGGUGUUUGAGCAUGAGGGAGCCAAAAAGGAAAGUGGUGAUCGAGAGCUCACAGAUGAAGGCAGUGAGGAAGAACAAGAGGAGGAAAAGAAUGGAAAAUACACAGAACUUUCAGAUGGAGAGCUUAAACAGAAAGACAUUAUGGAAAAGAAAAAAGACUAACUUGUUUAGCAAGAGAAUUCUCUAGAAUUUCCAAAUAGACUUAUUUAUUGGCGGUUGUCAUUUAUUGGUUAUCUUCAUGAAAGAGGAUCGUUUUAUCUGCAUAAUGGUAGUUUUGACUUGCAUGUAUUCACAUUUUCUCAGAAAUUGACAGAAAAAAAAUGGAUGUUCUCUUAAUUGUCCUUAGUAGAUUAACAAAGAGCAAUUUAAACUGAAGAAAUUUUCAGAUACAGUUCUAUACCAUUUUUGUAAGAGUUUUAAAUUGUUCAUUUCCAAAACAGAGAUAAUGUUACUUGACCUUACUGUACGUGAUGAACUGCUAUUAAUAUAGCCCAGCUAUGCACUGAAUCAUAUAAAAUUAAAGCUGAAAACAAGGAAAAGUUUAGAGAGCUGUAAAGUGUUUUAGAGCCUGAUAGCUGAAGACAACUUAAAAGUUUCCUAAGAAGUCACAUGUUCUACCUGUUGCACGUUAGUAUGGGAAAACAAAACCAAAACCAAAACAACAAACUUUUCUAUUUCCUCAAAUUAAAUGUAAAUUUUUGGGAAUUGGAGGACCGUUCUGCCAUAGCAGUCAAGAAUGUUUACUAGAUACAGAAUAUGGGAAUUAUAUGCUGUUUAUUAGUGCUUUAGCAGCUAAAAAUAUUGGAAAAUUAUGUUAAAAACCUUUUAGAACAUGAUUGCCUGGUAAUUACUUUCUGUGAGUGCUUGCACACUUAGAGUGCAAAAGCUCUGUAAGAUUUCUGAAUCCACAGCACAGCUUGAUACAGGAAGACAUCAAUAUGAACACCUUCUGACUAUUUGUAUAAUUCUCUAAUGACAAGCUUUAUGAAUGGUGUUUAUUUAUUUUACAGUGUGUACUUGAGAUUGUUAUGUAUCUUUGAGAUAGGUAGUUUUGUUUGAGACUGUUACCUUCUCUGUAGGAGGGAGUUAAUGAAGCUUAAUAUUAACAUUGGUAAAGAUUGAUCAGUAUAAAGCAUGUUUGUUACCUGUUUCAUCAUAAAAGCUACUUUUAAUACAAA